AUUUCAUACACUCAUGACCUGGAGGUGGAGGGACACAGGGACUUCACUGCGGUCAGCCAGGCUCAGCACCCAAGAGAAAGUAUUGAGUCAGGAAAAAUUAUAGGAAAGGGGAUGUGGUAUUGGGGAGAGGAGGGGAGGGGACAGCGCACUCUGCCCAGGCCCUUCUUGCUGUGUCCACGCUGACACACUGUCCUCCUGCCUUGGAGAGGGGAAGCAGAUCUGAGGACAUCUCUGUGACCAGAGCAGAAACCUCCCACCUGUCCAGCUCCUCCCCCAAAUGGACAUGGGGUCCUGCUCCUGGCCCCCCCUUGUACCAAACCUGCUGCUGCUCUUCCUGGCACUGCUGCCUGGGGGCCAAGCUGGCACAGACUGCUAUGGGAUCGCCGGGAUGCCGGGCCUGCCAGGGGCCCCAGGGAAGGAUGGGCAUGACGGAUUGCCAGGGCCCAAGGGUGAACCAGGAAUCCCAGCUAUCCCUGGGACACGAGGACCCAAGGGUCAGAAGGGAGAUCCUGGCACACCUGGCUAUCCUGGGAAAAAUGGUCCCAUGGGAACCCCUGGGAUUCCAGGGGCUCCCGGCAACAUGGGACCCCCUGGGGACCCAGGCGAUGAGGGCAGGUACAAGCAGAAUCAUCAGUCAGUAUUCACUGUCACACGGCAGACAGUCCAGUUCCCGGCGCCCAACAGUCUGGUCAAGUUCAACUCAGUCAUCACAAACCCGCAGAGGGAUUACGACACGAACACUGGCAAGUUCACCUGCAAAGUUCCCGGCCUCUACUACUUUGUCUACUACACAUCACACACGGCCAACCUCUGUGUGCAGUUGUACCACAGUGGUGUCAAGGUGACCACCUUCUGUGACCACAUGUCCAACAGCAAGCAGGUCAGCUCAGGCAGUGUGCUGCUGCGGGUGCAGGUGGGCGAGCAGGUGUGGCUGGCGGUCAACGACUACAACGGCAUGGUGGGCACCGAGGGCUCUGACAGCGUCUUCUCCGGCUUCCUGCUCUUCCCUGACUAGGGCAGGCAGGCCUGCUCCGCUCCCCGGGGCCACCCCAUCUCCCUCAGCUUCCCUGCAAGAACCCACUGGGCCACACAUCCUUGCUCAGGUCAUUCUCGCCACCGGAUGGACUCCUCCUCCAGGAAGCCCACCCUGCCCUCCUGCCCUGAGUUCUCUCCCUCCUCCAAGCUCCUUCAGGAGUCACUGCUUUGACACUUAACCGACACCUUCUGAUACUGUCAUUAGUGUUUUCCAAGUCUUGGAAGAGGCAGAGAGAUACAUGAAUAAAUAAUUAAAUCAAA